AUGUCGCACGUUGCUCGCGAAAUGCUGAAGCGAGAGCUAUGCCAGCUCAUGAAGGACGAGACAAGUGGAUUCUCGGUGGGGCUCGAGGAUGAUUCGGACUUUUUCAGGUGGCAGGUGGUCUUCGAGGGGCCGCAGGACAGCUUGUACGAGGGUGGGAUUUUCAGCGCCAUCCUCGUUUUCCCCCCGGACUUUCCGAACAAUCCGCCUGAGAUGAAGUUUGAGACAGAGAUGUGGCAUCCGAAUAUCUUUGCAGACGGGCGAGUGUGCAUCUCGAUUCUCCAUCCUCCGGGCACCGACCGAUUCAACGACCAGGAGACGGCGGACGAGAGGUGGAGGCCGAUCCUUGGCGUGCACAGCAUCCUGAUCAGCGUCAUCUCCAUGCUACUGGAUCCCAACCUGAACUCCCCGGCCAACAUCGAUGCGGCCGUGCACCUGAAGAAUGACCCCGAGGGCUGGAAGAAGAAGGUCCGCCAGCUGACUCGAAAGAGCGUGGAGGGUUAG